AUGCAUUUAAGCAUCCUUCGUUUGUUGGCCGUUGGCCUUGCUGGUAUUGAUGAUGCGGUCGCGGGGCCUUGCAAGCUUCGUUCUUCGGUGGCAACAUCUAGUUUUGACCUAUCUUCCGACACUUCAGCCACCUUUGCCAGCACGACAACCGAAGCAGUCACCUCUGCUGAUACAGUUACUGAUAUAACCACUGAGGUGACUUCAGCGGUCAUUGAAACAGAGACUGCCAGUACCGAGGCAACUGCUUCCGGAGAUACAACCACCGAAGCUACCACUUUCGCUACUUCAACUGCGACCACUGAGGCAGCUUCUACUACCGGAGCCGAUACUACAACUGAGGCCGCUCCCACCACCACUGAAGAGACAACCACUGCAGCUGCUACUACCACCGCCGUUCCCAUGUUUCGACUGAUCCCUGAGAGCAGUAACUACCAAGGUCAACCCCUCCUAUCAAAUCGAGUUCAUUUCGCUUCUCUCCUGUUCAACAGCGCCCAAGAAUAUACCGAUGCUUACUUCACUAUAGGCGCCACCACCGGCCGCUUGUUACUUGACGGCACUCUGCCUAUCUGCGGCUACUUCCCCGGCGAUGGCACCAGCGCAUUCAUCGUAUGCGAUGCCACCAAUAUGCCAGACGAGGAGCAGUACCUCACUUGCGAGACACCUACCCCGGGUAGUCGCUUAGAAUGCACUGUACCUGGAGUGCAGUGCAGCAUGUCGUCUGGAUGUACUGCCACUGGCACUCUCUGGGGCACUACAUACAUUGGCCCCUCGGGUGGUGAACUCGGGAUGAAGGCGCUUAUAGGCCCUCCAUCAAUGCCAGAAGAUGUUCCUGUGCCCUUGUUGGUUACGUUUGAUUCGGAUUAUAUAAAUUCAGCGCAGGGCCAACUGUCACUUGCUACUCUUCUUUCUGAUUCUGAACGUAAUUAUGGCUUGCAGUCAUUUCGAGAUAUUGGUACUCAGCCAGGGUCACCUGGCCACAUAGACCUUGUGGGCAUUGUUUGCAGAGCUGCUACUGCUAUCAUAUGA